AUGUCUGCAAAGACUGAGCCGGUGGCAAGCCCCACAGAACUGAAGCUGCUGAAUCAGGAGCCUGGCACCGGCACAAUUCACCAUUGCGGGGAGAGCAAGCAAGGACAGGAUUUAUUUCCUCCCGAUGAUGAGCUCGUCCAUGGGCUCCCCGCGGCCCCCGCCAUCACCUACGGCCCUCUCAGCAGCCCCCAGAUCAACUCAACCAUGGGACUGUCCCCACUCCCCACCCCCCUGAGCGGCUCCGAGGACGUAAAGCCCCUUCCGAGGUUGUGGGCAGGGCCAUACCUCCCCGCAACCCUCCCCUCCGGGCCCUGCAAGAGGCUCUGCACCAUCUGCGGGGACCGAUCCUCGGGGAAGCACUACGGGAUGUACAGCUGCGAGGGCUGCAAGGGCUUCUUCGAAUGCAUCAUCCACAAGGACGUGAUCUACGCCUAUCGCGACAACCAUGACUGUGUGGUGGACAAACGGCAGUGCAACCGCGGCCAGUACAACCGCUGCCAGUACUGCCACCACCAGUGA